CAAAAUGGUAGUCCCACAGGUUUACUACUGCGCAUUGCACUAGUGCAGGCUGAUGGAUGGAAGUUUGAUUGGAGGUAGAUAUCAGUCACGAGAGGCUGUUCUAGUGUUGUGAUUCGAUAGUUCAGAUUUCGUACUUCCUUUUCAAAGACAAUGCAUCUGAAAGCGCCAAUCGCAUAAGCGAAAGAAGUGUUUGUUUUCACGGGAAAUAACUUUCAGUACCUAAUUAAUUAGUCAGGCUUUACACUGAGGUUCAGUCAUUUACAGUAAAUACCAGCGCCUUAGGACAUUUACAACCAUCCAAGUGUCGGAUCAUCAGCACUAACGAGGAAAUGUCUACAUCUCUCUGCUGUUUCCUGUCUGUGGGGCUCCUCGUGUUUGUCUCUGCAGACCAGAAAACCAUCACAGCUGAGUCUGGACAGAAUGUCACUCUGACAUGUCGAGCUCCAAACAACAGCAAGAUCUUAACUGUAGAGUGGCACCGACCUGACCUGCAGCCAAAAUAUGUUCUUUUAUUUCGGGAUGGAAACAUUGAUCCAGUCAACCAGCAUCCAUCUUUUAAGAACCGGGUGGAUCUGCAGGACAGAAAGAUGAAGGAUGGAGACGUGUCUUUGAUUCUGAACAAUGUGACGAUUAAUGACGCUGGAACAUACGAGUGUCGUGUCUUCCUGGAAGAAACGCGCUCCUUGCAGUCCAUAACAAACAUCACCCUGAGAGUUGUUCAUUCAGGUGAGUGA